ACGAAUAGAUGAUAGGCGGGGUUUUGAAGAUUCCUCUGGAAGUUCAAAUUUUAUAGUUUUUUUACUAACCAGUUUUUGGAACGCGUCAACGAUGACAAAAACUCUGCUGCAGGCCGUUUUAAUAUGCUCAUUUGCGAUUGCAGCAUUUGGGCUUCAGGUGCAAAAGUGUAAAUCUGGGGACAUUCCGACAAUGUUGGACAUCGAGGGGUGCUCAAAAACGCCAUGCACCAUAGUUAAUGGACAAAAUCUCAAGUUGAGUGCAGAAUUUGUUGCACCUCAUGCAACGAAAUCUCUAACAGUGAAAGUUAUUCCCCGGAUCGGCCUCAUCGCCAUCCCUUUUGAGCUGCCGGAGGAGCAUCGAGAUGGCUGCAAGAAACUUGUGAACGCCCAAUGUCCCCUGGGUCGGGGCCAGCGAGUCCAGGCGGCCGCAAACAUUCCAAUCCAAGCUCCAGUAAAAAACGUCAAAGUCAACGUCGAGUUCCAGCUCCGUUCCGAUUCCGGGCUGGCCAUUUGCUUCAAGAUGGACGUCAAAAUUGUGUAGCCAGUCUCCGGUCCCUUAAGAGGGUAAUAAAAUUGGAAUCAGCAAAAAAAAAAAUUUAGUGUUCAUACAAGAAAAGCGAUGAGAAAGUCCGAGGGUAAACAAUAAUUCUAAAUUGGAUGCCUCGGAGAAAUUUUUGUUUGCGAUGUGGUUGGGGAAUAAUUUCCACCCAUAAGAUGUAAUUAAAACACUCUCAUAAAGCAAUAAAUUUCGAAUAAAUUGCCAUCACCCUCUGAAAAUGUGAGAACCAUCUCAAAGUUCGACGAGGAUGGCCAUCUCAAAGUGAAGUGAAAAUCUG